GCUUCCGUCACCCAGCACUCCCUCACCACAAUGGCAUCUCCCGCCAUGUCCCGGAUGGUCUUGCGCCAGUCCAAGUUCCUUCUGCAACGACGCGCCGCCUCGACGACCUCGGAGGCCGCCUCCGCCGCAUCGAAGGGCGCAACAGCGGCUAAGGAGACGGCUCAAAACACCGUGUCGAAAGCACAACAAGGACUGUCCAAGGUCACAAGCUCUGCCGGUCCAGCACUGAGCAAGGCCGCUGCCGGUGUCAGUAGCAGUCUAUCGAAGGUCGGUGGACGCACAGGAGCGCUCAUCGGCUUUGUACAAGGCCUGGUCCCCCAUGUAGUCUACUAUGGCAAAGUCGCCGGCGAGCUGGGCAAGAUCAUCUACACUGGACGCGGCAUGCAGCCACCCAACGCACAAACCGUCCAGAAUGUCAUCGCACCCAUCCGAAACGCAGUGUCGAACCCCGCCGCCGUCGGUUCGCGAACAGCCAAGGCCGCCGAGAAGACCGCAGACCAAGCGCUCAAUAGCCCACAGUCGUUCUUGGAGAGGUUAAGAAACCUUGAUUCAGCUACCUUGACCCAGGUUGGCAUCGUCACUGCUGAGACCAUUGGCUUCUUCUCGAUUGGUGAGAUCAUCGGGCGCUUCAAGAUCAUUGGCUACAGGAGCAACGCAGCGCAUGAGCAUCACUGAAAGAGUCUAAUACCAAGCUAUCAAGAGAUUUUGGGGAAGAAUCCGUUACACCUACUAGAUGAAGGACAGUCGCGGCACCGCCCUGGCUUUGUCUGCGGAAGCGAGGUGCGUCUAGCACUGCGGUGGCUAAGAGGCGCGUGUACUAUUGUGCAUAUAUGCGAGGUACUUGAACCAGAUACAAACGACGUUUCCAUAUGUGCAUUCAGACAGCAUACCGGC